AUGGCCACUGUGUACGACCACAACUAUGCCCCUGGCAGACGGCACUCAGUUUAUACUCACAGCGAAAAAACACCUUCCCCAACAGCGACUCCCCGAGGAACGCACGUCCGUAGCCAGAGCAUCCGGGUCAGCAACGGCAGCAGUGCAACAGCCAGCACCAACACCAGCAUGUCAUCAGGAAGAAUGUCGCAAGCUACCAACAUCACCCAGCCGCCUGCCUAUUCGAAGAAGUUUGUUGUGGUGGGCGAUGGAGGAUGCGGCAAGACUUGUUUGUUGAUUAGUUAUUCGCAAGGAUAUUUUCCAGAGAGAUACGUUCCUACAGUUUUUGAAAAUUAUAUCACGCAGACUACACAUGGCCAUACAGGCAAGACCGUCGAACUCGCGCUCUGGGAUACCGCUGGCCAGGAAGAAUACGAUCGCUUGCGUCCUCUCUCAUAUCCAGAGACUGACCUCUUGUUUGUUUGCUUUGCAAUCGACUGUCCCAACUCAUUAGAGAACGUCAUGGACAAGUGGUACCCAGAAGUCCUCCAUUUCUGCCCAACAACACCCCUCAUCCUCGUUGGUCUCAAGUCCGACCUCCGCAACAAACGCACAUGCAUCGAGCUCCUCAAGACUCAAGGUCUCACCCCAGUCACUCCAGAACAAGGCCAAGCCGUCGCACAGCGCAUGGGAGCCGCUUACAUCGAGUGCAGCAGCAAAGAAAUGACUGGUGUCGACGAAGUGUUUGAGCUUGCCGUCAACACCGUUGUCGGGGUUGAAGAGCAGGGAUACUAUGGGCCUGGUCCCAGUAGUAAACGGGGUGUUACUGGUCGCAAAGUAAAGAAGCGUACUUGCAAGAUUUUGUAA